CACUACACACAAACUUUUUUUUUUAAAUAUAUAUAUUUUAUUUCCUCCUCAGUCCUCUCCUUCAAUACAAUCCAAGAAUUGGAACGCCACUGUGCAGUCACUGAAAAGUCACAAUUCACAAAGAGAUAAGAGAGUUGGAGUGAAAAGAAGGCAGGGGAUGGGAAGAGGUGAGUAUGGUGGAGGAGGAGGAGGAGGAGGAGGAAGGGAGGCGAUGGCGGCGGUGCCGGGGUGGCUGGGGAGGCUGGCGGAGGAGAGCUUCUUCGUCGCGUGCGGGGCCCACGAGAGCCGCAAGAAGAACGAGAAGAACAUCUUCUGCCUCGACUGCUGCUCCAGCAUCUGCCCCCACUGCGCCCCUGCACACUCCCACCACCCUCUCCUCCAGGUGAGACGGUAUGUGUACAACGAUGUGGUUCGAUUGGAUGACCUCGAGAAGCUCAUAGACUGCUCUCAUGUGCAGCCCUACACCAUCAACAGUGCGAAAGUGGUGUUCCUGAAGCCAAGGCCUCAGUCUCGGCCUUUCAAAGGCUCAGGAAACAUUUGCUUGAGGUGUGACAGGAUCCUCCAAGAGCCCUUCCACUUCUGUUCCCUCUCCUGCAAGGUGGAGCAUGUAGUGUCACGAGGGGAGGACCUGUCGAACAUACUAUUCCGGUUCAACGAGUCGGACUUUGCGUUUUCCCACUUUGAGAACCUCCGGGUGGACGGCUCCGACCUGACGGAGGACAUCACGGACGGGCAAUUCACUCCGAAUUCGAUCCUGGAAGACCCAGCGCAGUACAACGGCAGCUCAGCGUCGAGCACCGGCGGUCGCGAAACCAGCGGUUCAGAGGCCCCGAGAAAGAAGAAGAGUGGGGGUGGGUUCUUCCCCCAGAUAGUGCUAUCGUUGAGCAGCAGGAGGAAGGGAGCCCCUCACAGGUCCCCCCUCUCCUAAUGCAUGCCUGCAUGCAUGCAUGGUCAUGAGCUAGCUAGCCAGCCAGCUGCAGCUAGCUUGGUGUCGUAAACUUUGAGUACGUAGGAGUAAUUUAAUUUGUUUUGUGUCUAAGUAGAGUGCUCUUCAUUUGGUUGCUGUUGCGUGUAACUUAUUAAGUCGAUCUCUCUCCCUCUGUCUCUCUCGAUCGUGCUCAAAAUGACCCUAGCUAUAUAUCCUAUGCAUGUAACGUGGGGUCAUUUUGUGCCGGUUUAGCUAUCUAGCAUUCCCGUUGCUGCCUAGGAGGGCUCAGUGGAUGCAUGCCACACUGCUCACCAAUUUUGUUUCCAUGUAAUGGGAUGCAUACUUCAAUUAAUUAAAUUAAUAUAUCA